AUUCACUGAUGAGAGCCGGCACUGAGAGGCAGCACUGCUCCUUCCCUCGCACCCCCGGCGCCUCCCGCUUCGCUCCAUGCAGCAGCGGGGCCAGCACGCCCGGGACUGCCCCGCUCCCCGCACCAGUCCGGAGGGUGAUGAUGCUCCAGUAGGUUUCCCAGCCCUUGCUUUGCUUUCCCUCCAGGGAAGGUUGUUCUGUGCACAAUCCUGCUGAGGAAAGACUCUCCGAUGGACUUACACCGGGCCGCCUUCAAGAUGGAGAACUCACCCUACCUCCCCAACCCGCUGGCCUCCCCAGCGCUGAUGGUCCUCGCCUCCACCGCCGAAGCCAGCCGCGACGCCUCCAUCCCAUGCCAACAGCCAAGGCCUUUUGGGGUCCCAGUUUCAGCAGACAAGGACGUGCACAUUCCCUUUACCAAUGGCUCCUACACCUUUGCCUCCAUGUACCACCGGCAAGGUGGUGUGCCGGGCGCCUUCGCCAACCGUGACUUUCCUCCCUCAUUGCUUCACCUCCACCCCCAGUUUGCACCCCCCAACCUGGACUGCACCCCAAUCAGCAUGCUGAACCACAGUGGGGUCGGGGCCUUCCGCCCCUUUGCCUCCAGCGAGGACCGGGAGAGCUACCAGUCGGCCUUCACGCCGGCCAAGCGCCUGAAGAACUGCCAUGACACCGACUCACCCCACCUGCGCUUCUCGGACGCUGAUGGGAAGGAGUACGAGUUUGGCACCCAGCUCCCCUCCAGCUCCCCUGGCUCGCUCAAGGUUGACGAGACGGGGAAGAAGAUCUUUGCAGUGUCGGGCCUCAUUUCAGACCGGGAGACCUCAUCCAGUCCUGAAGACCGAAGUGACAGAUAUAGAAGCGACAGCCAAAGAGGGCCCCAGGCGUCUGCAACUGCCACUCAUCGUAUGAUUUUAACACUCCCCCUCUGCAAAAAGAAAGCAACGUUGUUUGACAGCCAGGCUCCCAUCUGUCCCAUCUGCCAGGUCCUCCUGCGCCCCGGAGAGCUGCAGGAGCACAUGGAGCAGGAGCUGGAGAAGCUCACCCAGCUGAACAUCAGUAAGAACUCCAUCCUGAAGGAUGCCAUGGCAGCAGGCACCCCCAAGUCAAUUUUGUUGUCGGCCUCAAUCAAGCGGGAAGGAGAUUCUCCGACAGCAUCACCCCACUCCUCAGAUGACAUCCAUCACUCAGACAGAUACCAGACCUUCCUGCGGGUGCGAGCGAACCGGCAGACCCGGCUGAACGCUCGGAUUGGAAAAAUGAAACGCAGGAAGCAAGAUGAAGGGCAGGUAUGUCCCCUCUGCAACCGACCUCUGUCAGGAUCCGAGGAGGAGAUGAGUAGGCAUGUGGAACAAUGCCUUGCAAAGAGAGAAGGUUCAUGCAUGACUGAGGAUGACUCUGUGGACAUCGAGAACGAGAAUGGCAACCGCUUUGAAGAAUAUGAAUGGUGUGGGCAGAAGAGGAUACGGGCCACUACUCUCCUGGAGGGAGGAUUUCGAGGUUCUGGGUUCAUCAUGUGCAGCGGCAAAGAGAAUCCAGACAGCGACGCUGACCUGGAUGUGGAUGGGGACGACACACUUGAAUACGGGAAACCACAGUACACAGAGGCAGACGUUAUCCCUUGCACUGGAGAAGAGCCAGGUGAAGCCAAAGAGAGGGAGGCGCUCCGAGGUGCUGUUUUAAAUGGUGGCACACCCAGUACUCGAAUAACGCCGGAGUUUUCUAAAUGGGCCAGCGACGAAAUGCCCUCAACGAGUAAUGGUGAAAGCAGUAAACAGGAAACCAUGCAGAAGACCUGUAAGAACAGUGACAUUGAAAAAAUUACAGAAGACUCUGCAGUGACAACAUUUGAAGCACUAAAGGCUCGUGUCCGUGAGUUAGAAAGGCAGCUUUCCCGUGGGGACCGCUAUAAAUGUCUCAUUUGCAUGGACUCCUACACAAUGCCCCUGACUUCCAUUCAGUGCUGGCAUGUGCACUGUGAAGAAUGCUGGCUGCGGACUCUGGGUGCCAAGAAGCUCUGUCCCCAAUGCAACACCAUCACAUCCCCCGGAGACCUUCGGCGCAUCUACUUAUGAAGGCUGCAGCGGGAGGGCGGCUCUCGGCUCAGCUCAGCGCAUCCACAGGGAGAGGAACGGCGAGAGAGGAGGAGAAAAGAGAAAAAAAAAGGCAAAAAAAAAAAAGAAAAAAACCACAAAAAGCCCCAAAAAGACGUUUUAAAAACGUUAAGGAAACAAAACCAGAGACUCCAGCCACGGACUCGAGGACGCAGGAGCAGCGAGAGCCCUGGAUCCCACCUGUAGACCUUCACCCUCUGCAGCGGGUGAUGCCGACCCCAUUGUUGUGCAGCCCCUUUUUUACAGCAGUGUUCCCCCACCCAGCACGGCUCUGAGCCCUCCCCCCUUUGGACUGCGUUGGGACGCUGGGGAAGGGAACCCUCGGCAGCCAUGUUCAAUAACCCGUAACUUGUGUCCUUUGUCGGGUUGGUUUGUUUUGCUUUGGUUCCGUUUUGGGUUUUGUUUCUUGGUUUUAUUUGUUUUUGUUUUUAUUUUAUUUUCGUGGUGUUUCCAGUGAUUUAAAGAAAAGGAAAAAAGAAAAAAAAGUAAAAAAAAAAAGAAAGGUUUAAAGGAGGAAAAAUAAACCCCCCACCCAGGCAGAAAUGAAGCACAUGUAAUAUAGAUGAUAUAUGUUUACAAUGUUGUGUAUAAAUGGGAUAGACUCAAACAUUACAUACUAAUAAGUUGCCCUUUUCUUUUCUUUUCUUUGGGUUGUAUUUUUGUUAAAGAAGAAGAAGAAAAAAAAAAAAGAACUGAGCAGAGAACAUUAAACCCAUAUUUUUCUUGGUUCGGCAAAGUUUUGGCAUUAAAGUCAUUAGUUGGGAAGAAAAAAAAAAAGUAUAUAUAUACAUAUAUAUAAUAUAAAUGGUUUAAUGUUCUGUGGUGUAUAUUUCCUCAUUCAGAUAUGAAGUUAACAGCUUUUAGUAAUGGCUGUAGCAUUGCCCAUAACUUACAGAACUUAUGGGGAGUAGAGGAGGUGGAUUUUUGUCAUUAGUUGUAGCUAAUGGGGCUAUUUAUAAUAGAAUCGUUAUCCCCAGAAGGACGCGGCUCUCAGCUCCCCACUGGGGGCCGGGGCAGGGCCCAGCAGGGCGGCCCCAUAGAGCUCUGCCCUGUCCCCCUGCCCCAGGCUCUGAUGUACCCAUUCCUCCCCCUGGAACAUGGGGUUGGCUGAGCUCGGCUUUGCUCUCCUCCCUUCCUGGUCACGUUUUCUGGCUGGAGCUGCUCCCUGUGCUGUGGGGCAGGGCUGUGCCAGCAUGAGCUCGUGGGUCGCACAGCCCCAGCUUCCUCCACACCGUCCCUCAUGUUGGUCCCCAUCGCCCACAUCCCCAGCCAUAACCAAAGCUGCCAUCUGGCCUCUUCUGUUGUUCCUUUCCAUUUUCAGGACCCAAGAAGCAGCUGUUGAUCCAUUUCCCAAGGUGAAUGCGUGCUCCCUGCCUCAGUUCCCCUCUCACCAUGGGGACCAAGCUCCCCACUGGGGGUGCUGCUCUCCCCAUACCUGAGGCGUCACCCCGGCCAGCUCUGUGCUGGCAAGCUCAGUUCUGGGCAUGAAGCAUCACGGCUGUGGCUGGUAAAGGGGAGCUGGGACCCCAUGGGGAUGCUGGAGGAGCAGGCACACGUUGGGCACAGCACAUCCUGCAGGGGCAUGGCGUGUCCUUGUGGACCCACUGCCACUUGUGUGCCCUGAGCCUGCUGCUGUUCUGCACAGCUGUUUCUCUCAAUGCCUCCUGCAGCUUUCAGAAGGAUCCCACUGCAUCCCCCCAACCAGCAUCUGUGUUCUGUAAGCCGUCAUGGUAAAAGACAGCAGCACCCAACCCACGGUGUCCAGCUUUCUGUGCUCUCAGCAGCUUUGCCAUGGAGGAUUUGCAGCCUUCCCUGCUAGGAAGGGUGAGGGGGGGGACCUGCUUUUUUAGGGGGCACCGAGGGCUGCGAUAUGGGGGAUUCCAACAGAGAACAACUGAGCUGAGGGCACAGCUGGGCUCACAACCCAUUGGGGUGCAGUGGGCUGGAGGGCAGGACCCCCCUCCUGGCCCUUCCUUGGAGCCAGGCAUCCUGGUGGGUGCUAUGGACCAGCUGUGUGUAGAACCGUCUGUAUCCCAUCCUCAUUCCUUCCUUUGGGUUCUUUUCUGUUCGCUUUGGUUCUUUUUAUGUUUUUAUUGUAAAGCCAUCCCCUGUUUUUGAGGGGGAGGGGGGCAGGUUGGGAGGGGGGAAGAGGGGGGGGGGCACCACCUCUCCUGUAAUGAUUUUAAUCCAUUUCAAAAAGGAGGGAAAAAAAAAGAAAAAGGAUCUAAAUAAAAAGCAAACCCGGAGUUACCUUUCUCUGCCCAAAGAACCCAGUUGCACAAAGCGAUAUUGCGGUGUGUCGAUGAUUGUGUGUCGGUGUAUAUUAUACAAAGAGGUACUUGUCACUCCCGUUUGUAAACUACAUUUGACAUUAAUUAAACACGUAUAAAUCUUCA